AUGAGCACAACGACCGUUACGGAGGUCAAGCCGAACAAGGCGAACAUUGGAGUCUACACGAAUCCUGCGCAUGAACUUUGGGUUGCGGAGGCGGAGCCGAGCUUGGAGAGUGUUCAGGCUGGCGGAGAUCUAAAGGAGGGUGAGGUUUUGCUGAAUAUCAAGAGCACUGGUAUUUGCGGCAGUGACAUUCAUUUCUGGCACGCUGGCUGCAUCGGCCCCAUGGUCGUAGAAGACACUCACAUUCUCGGUCACGAGUCCUCCGCGCAAGUCCUCGCUGUCCACCCUUCAGUCAAGAGCAUAAAGCCCGGCGACCGCGUCGCCAUCGAGCCUAACAUCCCUUGCCACGCCUGCGAGCCGUGUCUCACAGGCCGCUAUAAUGGCUGCGAGAGCGUUCUGUUCCUGUCCACACCACCUGUUCCCGGUCUGUUGCGCCGCUACCUCAAGCACCCAGCCGUUUGGUGCCAUAAGCUGCCCGACAACCUCACAUGGGAGGACGGUGCGAUGUUGGAGCCGCUCAGCGUUGCGCUCGCGGGUAUGGACCGCGCGGGCGUGAAGCUGGGUGAUCCAGUAGUGGUGUGCGGUGCUGGCCCGAUUGGCCUUGUCACUGCGCUCUGCUGCAGGGCUGCAGGUGCGGCGCCGCUGCUCAUUACGGAUAUCGACCAGGGACGGUUGGACUUUGCGAAGAAGAUUAUCCCGAACAUUCUCACGCACAAGGUCGAGUUCAGCCAUACGCCUGAUGACUUCCGGGAAAAGGUUGUUGCAACUAUGGGUAUUGAACCCGCCGUUGCUAUGGAAUGCACCGGUGUUGAGUCCUCCAUCAACGGCGUCAUCCAAGCCGUCAAAUUCGGCGGCAAAGUUUUCGUCAUCGGCGUUGGCAAGAACGAGAUGAAGAUCCCAUUCAUGCGCCUGUCCACCCGCGAAGUCGACCUGCAGUUCCAGUACCGCUACGCAAACACCUGGCCCAAGGCCAUCCGGUUGGUUCAGAACGGCCUCAUCGAUCUGCGACCGCUUGUUACGCAUCGCUUCGAUCUUGAGCAGGCGGUUGAGGCGUUCAAGACGGCAUCGGACCCGAAGACUGGGUGCAUCAAGGUACAGAUUCAGAGUUUGGAUUGA